CAUUAUUCUAGACAUAUUUCCAUAUAAGAUAUCCACCUGGUCCCCUCCUGGUGCAGCUAUCUUCUCUUGGUCGCCCACAUCGAACACCUUUAUAUACCAUCGAACUUCGUUAAUUGCAAUUUAACAAUCAUGAAACUUAACUUUAUUCUCGUCUUGACCCUUGCUGUAUCGGCUAAUGCCGCCGUACUUACCAGGGACGCCGUCCCCGACGACAGAAAGUGGUGCAAUGAUGGAACUGAGGGGAAUGGAAGUUGCGAAAAAGAUGGCUACUUUACUUUCUGCGUAAGUACUCCCCAAUAAUCGAAAUCGAUUGAGUAUUGUAUACACAUUUAUUCUCGCCUACAGUGCAUGAACGACCCCAAUUAUCCCGGAUUUGGAACUCUACGGCAUGCUAUCAAAGGUUCCAUGGACAUGAAGGAUAACAAACGUUGCGGUCCUGGUGGCUAUGGAACAGUUGAUUGCUGUCCUAAGGAUUAAAUGGCUAACAUACUGUGUAAGUACUCCGUACUAAUAAUUACGGCUUCUAUAUUGUUUAUAAUCUAAAACUUCUCUAUAGUACUUUGUUCACAAAAGAUAAUUGCGGCACUCUACUAGUGUUUGGCAAUUCGACGGCAGACAUAAGCUCUGGUUACUUUUCAUAUAUUAUUUACUGGAGAAGAGAAGCCCUAGCCCUACUCUAAUAUAUCUAUAUAUCUCUCUCUUAUCUGACCAUUGAAAUUGAAAUCCAGUUUUAUCAUCACA